AUGGCUCGUGGACCUAAAAAGCAUUUGAAGCGUUUAAACGCGCCCAAGGCAUGGAUGUUGGACAAACUGGGUGGUGUGUACGCACCACGGCCGUCCACCGGUCCACACAAGUUGCGCGAGUGUCUGCCACUUGUUAUUUUCCUUCGUAACCGCUUGAAGUACGCCCUGACCGGCAAUGAGGUGUUGAAAAUCGUAAAGCAGCGCCUAAUUAAGGUUGAUGGAAAGGUCCGAACUGAUCCGACCUACCCCGCUGGCUUUAUGGAUGUUGUAUCAAUUGAGAAGACAAAUGAACUGUUCCGUCUGAUCUAUGAUGUCAAGGGUAGGUUCACCAUUCACAGGAUAACUCCCGAGGAGGCCAAGUACAAGCUGUGCAAAGUCCGUCAUGUAGGUACCGGUCCCAAGAAUGUACCUUACCUCGUGACGCAUGACGGCCGCACCAUCCGUUACCCAGACCCACUCAUCAAGGUCAAUGACUCCAUCCAACUGGACAUUGCCUCGUCUAAGAUCAUGGACUUCAUCAAGUUUGAAUCUGGUAACCUGUGUAUGAUCACCGGAGGUCGUAACUUGGGUCGUGUGGGCACCAUCGUGUCCCGUGAACGUCACCCCGGCUCCUUCGACAUUGUACACAUCAAGGACUCGAUGGGACAUACUUUUGCUACCAGAUUGAACAACGUGUUCAUAAUCGGUAAAGGCACGAAGGCGUACAUCUCCCUGCCACGCGGUAAGGGUAUCCGCCUCACCAUCGCCGAGGAGCGAGACAAGCGCAUCGCAGCGAAGGUCGCCGCGCACUAG